UAAACAAAAACAUGUUUCUGGGAUAUAGAUGGAUGAUAUCGGUUGAUGAAAUAAUUUUGCAAAUUUUAAAGUUUCUGUACUUUUUUUGACAAAAAAAAAAAAAAAAAGGACCUUAGCUUAAUAUUUCUAUUUUUUUUUAAUACUACGAAGAAUUAUAUAUUUUUUUCGAAAAUCAUUUAUUUAAUUUAUAUUUCAGAAUCUUGAAAAUUCUUUUAAUUGUCAGAAAAAAUGGCUUCUGCUUCUAUUAAAAUUUUUGAUUCUGUUCUUUCGAGAUUUCCCCAAAAGUUUUCGUUUGUUUUUGCGUAUGGCUCAAAAGUUUUUUCGCAAGGCACCAAAUUGAAUGAAGGUGACAUGAUUGAUUUUGUGUUUACUGUUGAUAAUCCUCUUGAGUGGCAUAAAGCAAACAUGCAGACAAAUCACAAACAUUAUUCGUUUAUAAAAUAUGCAGGUGCUGAAUUUAUUAAAAAUAUUCAAGAGAAUUUUGGAGCUAAAAUGUAUUUCAAUACUUUAGUUGAAGUUGAAAAUAGGUUAAUUAAAUAUGGUGUUAUUAGCACAGCUCAUCUUAUUGAAGACUUAUUAGAUUGGCAAACAUUAUAUAUAAGUGGUAGACUGCACAAACCAGUUAAGGUUCUAAAGAAAGUAGAAAAUGCUGAUAUACAAAAAGCUUUGCAAAUUAAUUUGCAGAGUGCAUUACAUGCAUCAUUAUUAUGCUUACCUGAAACAUUUUCUGAAAUUAAGUUGUUCCUUAAGAUUGCAGAAUUGUCUUAUUCAGGAGAUUUUAGGAUGUAUUUUGGUGAAGACAAACGAAAAAUAGAAAAUAUUGUACAAAAUCAAGUAUCUUAUUUUCGUGACUUGUAUGCUGACCAAUUGAAAUUAAUGCCUCAACUUCAUUGGAAUCAAAGUCAGUGUACAAUUGAGCAAGAUGGCAGUUCUGCAACUACUUUGCAUCACUUAAAUCUACUUCCUAAAACUGUCCAGCAUAAUUUAUUAGCCAUUUGGAAUAAAGAUGGAAGAUAUAGAGAUUUAGAAGAUGUUUUACAAUCUCUAGCUCAUGACCCUCAGUGUAGUGAAAUGGUAGAGAAAGCUAUUCGCGAUAUUACAUUAUGGUCCAGUAUGUCACAAAGUGCUAAAGGAAUUUUAACAGCUGGUGUCAUAAAAUCAUUGAAAUAUAGUUCAAGAAAAGUGAGAAAAAUGAUAAAAUCAAUGAAAUAACUUUUACUUUGUAAUUUACUAGUACUUUUUAUGUAGACAAUUUCUGUAGUGUAAAUAUGAGAUUAUUUAUAAAAAUAUUU